AUGCAACAAACAUAUCUAACAUACCAACGCAAAGUGCUGGAGCGUCAUAACGGGCAGCUGCGAAUUAAAUAUCACCAAAACGGGCAGCCGUAUCGACAUUUCACGCGGCGCUAUCGCAGCACUAGUGCGCGGGCGGUCAUAAAUUACUUCAAAAGUGAUUUACUCGCGCCAUACAAAUCGGUGACUAGCCACCGUGACCCGUCUCCACCCGUCCGGGUACUCGACGCGUGGAAACGCCAGCUCAAGUCAGAGGCGGAAGCGGAUUUCACGAACGAACGACACACAGUCUCCCCUGUUUCCAGGAGAUUUACACUGACGGCACCG